GGUGCGUCUGACGCCGCGUGGACCCUCCGUCGGCGCCGCCCAGGGACGAGAGGAGCCUCCGAGAGCGACUCGGCCAGAGAGCGAGUGCCGCGCGGAGGCGUGACCGGCCGCGUGGGUCGUGGCCGAGGUCACCGUGUGUGUCUGGGCAGGCCGGGAGGCGGUGGUUUCAGGUAGACGGUGACAGGGAUACCUAGUGGAGCGGACUGGAGCCGAUCGGAGCUCAGUGGGGCCGGGCGGAGCUUAGUGGAGCCAGGUGGAACUGGGCGGAACUGAGCGGAACUGCUCGGAGGUCGCAGUACAGCGCGUGUGGCGGUCAGCGGCGGUCAGCGCGGCGGCCGCGGCCGGCAGAUGCGCAGCGCCGGCCCGGCGGACGGCGGCUCAGAGCUGCGGCGCUGCGGUGGGGAUGCGCGCGCCAGGUGGUGAACUGCAGAGUGACGGAGCGCGAGGAGAGGGGGCGAGGCUGCUGCAGCGGUAGCUGAACGGAGUCAGUUGGCCCCACGUGGUCAGAGUGUGAGGUGGAAGCUCGGAGAGGGUGGAUCUCAGCGGACCUGCUGCUGGUAAAUCGGAGACAAGUUGAAGCUCAAGUGUUCUCGGAUUCCUGAAACAUCAACAACCCUUGCACUGAGACCUCUAAAGCGAACUCCUGUUGUGGCGCCGGGUACCUGUAAUAUUCGGCUGGAACUACCAGAGAGACCGCCACAAAAUCCGGCCAGCAUGCGGCGCGUGCUGGUGCUGUUGUCCCUGCUGCUGACGUCCAGUUGUCUGCCAGCCGAUCCACUGACGUCAGAAGGCUCCGGUCAUGACGUCACGCUGGGUGAGGUCGACGUGUUGUCUCCGGAGCCGGAUGACGUGGAAGAAGCCGGGGAGAGGGACGAGCUGCUGACCUCGCUGGCAGACCUACUGGAGAGGAUGCAGACGCUGAGGCCCAAGUCUCCUGGUGAGCUGAAACCAGGCCCGGGUCUGGAUCCAGAACUGGGGCCUGGAUCGGAGUCGCAGCCGGAGUCGGGAGCAGGGAUUGGGACGGGACAGGAGCGGGAGGCUGAGCCCAAGCAGGAGCUGAAAACGGAACCGGAAAAUGUCGCAUCAGAUGAAGCAGAUGAAGACGCGGAACAGGAAGAGAGCCAAGCAGAUCCGGACACCAACGAGUCGGAAGAGGUCCCGACUCAGAGUGAAGAGCAGGAACAGCCAGGGACUGAGAGGCCUGACAUAGAAACCACCACAGUGUUAACCGUACAGCUGCUGGACGUGCCAGUGGAAUCAGAACCAGGAGUACCAGCGGCUGUGGACUCGGAACCCGCGGAACCGCAGUCCGAGGAGCCCGAGCCCGCGCAGCUGGAGACGGUCACGCCGGAGAAAGAAUCUGCCCAGCCCGUGGUGCCUCAGCCCGACGUGUCCGAAGACGAGGUGCCCACAAUUCGCGAGCCGGAGUCGAUCGACGAGUCUCCGGAGUCGAUCGACGAGUCUCCGGAGGAGAUCGACGAGUCUCCGGAGUCGAUCGAAGAGUCUCUGGAGUCGAUCGGCGAGUCUCCGGAGUCGAUCGACGAGUCUCCGGAGGAGAUCGACGUGCCGCUGGGGCAGAACGAGGUGCCCCUGCCGUCUCCGGCCAGAACUCCCGUCCAGGAGCCGCUCAUCAUCGCUGAGACGGCGGCGUGCGUGGGCUGCGUGACGCCGAUCCUGCAAGAUGGCGCCGACCUGCGCCGGGUCUCCAAUAUGGCCGCCAAACUGCUCGAGGAGGAGCUCGACUCGCAGCACACCUUCCGCGUUAUGGAGGUGUACCGCGCCAGCAAACAGGUUGUGAACGGUAUCAAGUACUUCCUCACACUGGAGGUGGCACCGACCUCGUGCGAGCGGCCGCUGACGCCAUUCACGCUGUGCUUCGUCGCGAGCGACGCCGAGAGGCUGCUGUACGCCGUCGAGCUGCUGCAUCAGCCGCACCGGGCCAACACGGAGCUGCUGCACCUGAGAAAGCUGGAUCGCUCUGAGAUCGCCGGCUUCGGCGGCCUGUUCGCGGCCGCCACCGCCGAGCCGGCCACCGAGGCGACACCUCACAGAAAGGCCGCCCCGAUCGCGCCCGGCGACAGCCUGCUCGACAUUCUGAUGGGCCUCGACUCGGUCAUCAGCAAACAGCGAGAGCGGGAGGAGGCCGAGGGGGCCGCCGAGCCGGCGCCGCCCGCGCCUCCGGCCGACCGGCAGGGGCCGCCGCCGCUGCAGAUGGACCCGCCCGGGCCGCCGGCCGCGCGGCCCGGCCCUCCGCCUCUGCUGCAGGCGGCGCGACCCGACCCUCCGCCUCUGCAGGCGGACCCGGCCCUGCAGACGGAGCCCGCCCUGUCUGCCGACUGGCAGGCGGAGAUACAGCAGCGUCACAGCGCCAGCCAGCAGUCGCUGAGGGUGCAGGCGCUGCUGCGCGAGGCGGGCUGGCCGGGCGUCGGAGUGGCGCCCCGCCGCCGAACGCGGCCGGACAGCGGCCACACACAGGAGGAGGGAGAGGAGACGCGCUGCCGGGAGGGGCGGCAGUACAGCACGCCUCAUGUGCCGCUGAACGUGGCCCAUCCGCGCGUUCAGAAGAUCCUGCACAAGUUUCUGGAGCGGCAGGAGAGUGUUGGUUCUAACCGUCUGGUCAUAACGGACAUUCAGUCGGCCACGCAGCAGACAAUCUCGGAGACCAACUACCGGUUCGACUUUGUGCUGGGCGUAUCGGAGUGUCCGACCAACAGCACCGCUCACCGGUACUCCUGCUCUGCCACCAGCGCUCACCCUCUCUCCAACUGCCGGGUGCGCGCCCGUCACCGUCCCGGGAAGCCACUGCAGUUCAACACGGUCAGCUGUACGACCGCCAUGACCCCGCAGUGUGCCAACGGGCACUGCCAGGUCACCGAGAUCCACCCCUAUGCUCCGCUCUACGUGCGGCCGCCGCAAGCUACCGUUGAGGUUGAUAUUCACGAUCCGACGUAUCAGCAGCUUGUGCAGCAUGUUCAGAGUGAGGUGAACAGAAGGUCACGCAGACCGCUCCUCAAGAAGUUUGUCAAGACUCUGAACGCUACGAAAGUCUCGUACAACCUGGAGGAAUCGUCUGAGAUCAUUGACCAGGAGCUGUACUCCCUCACUCUGCGGUUUGCCGAGACGGGCUGCGCGCGCACUGACGACCCAGACCUGCGGGAGAGCUGCCUGCAGGGGUGGCAGCCGGCGGCGGGCGCCGCCUCCUCCUCCGGCGGUCACCCGAGCUCGGUGUGUGACGUGCGGGUCUCCAGCCUGGGCUGGGCAGACCGGAUGCGGGUGCUGGACCUGUUCUGUGAGACCGAGCUGGCCCCCGAGGCCGCCUGAGGUGGCGGUGGCGCCGGGACGUUGUGGACGGUGGUUGGUAGGACUCUGUGCGGCUUGAUGAGAGAUGAGAGUGACAGCGAGCGACUGUCAGACAAUGAACAAAUGGAGAGUGUAUCAGAGAACUCUGGGAGAUGGGAGUCGUCCGUGGGUGAGGGUUUGUGGCAUUUGUGAACAGUGAACAAUGUCAUGUCUGGUGGCUGAGUAAGCACCAACAGCGGGGGAGCGGUGACGUGGAACUUGAGAAUGGUCCAAGAACGGCUGGGGAGCACUGGUGAAUCAAAGUGACAGAGAGACUAGCCGGAAGUGACCAGAAGACAAUUGAAAGUGACCGGAAGUCACCCAGCAGCUGCGAUCUGGAGACAAAUGAUCGCCCGAACUGUAGAAGGCGUCGGGCACGGGUUUAGCGGCCGGCCGGUACAACUACAUACAUUGGUCGGGAAUGUACUGACUGAUGACCAGUGUACUGCUAUCUGAUGCCCUCUACCCGAGAGACAGCUAAAACCCGGACCCAUGAUAACUCAGCAGUCAGCAUGCACCAGGUAGUGCAGAGGUAAUACAUCAUAUGUGGACGUUACCAAAUAGAGGUAAAGCUACAGAGGUUUUACAUUGUGCCGCGACAUGUCCCUGAUAUGCUAUAGGUACUACUGUUUUGCCUGGCAAUGGACUUGGUAGAGUUACAAUAACAGAAAAGUGAGUGUUUAGCUGGCGAGCUGUGUUUGUGCUCGUAAAUGUUUGACUAAUUCCACCGUAACACUGUACAAAUACGCAGAUGUGAAUGAUGGCAUUUUGCAUGGCAUUUUAGUAAAUAAGCCUGCCGCUCGUCCGUUGCAGUAACCGCAUGUAAGCUCUUUAGGUUAUAUAGUUUUAUAUAAGCACAGUUGUGUCCUACUUUGAGAUCAGGUAUACAUAGUAAUAAAUGAAUAGAUUUGUUUU